AUGGCCUUUCCUGACCAGUCCUUGGGUCAAGCCGUUUGCCAGGCCGCGACAUCAGGCUUGAAGUCAGUCCAUGCUCAGAAACCUCUCACCGGAGUUGUUCAUGCAGCCGGCGUCUUGGAUGAUCACCUUAUUGCAGAUCUUACUCGCAAUCAUUUCGCCAAUGUCUUUAAGCCGAAGGUGGACGGCUCUGUGAAAGGACCUCAGCAUUUCCUCAUCGAUUCGAAUCUUCAGAAAUCCUUUUUCAAUCUUGGGCUUGAGACCACGGACAGCAGCAAGGUGGAUUUCUUUGUGCUUUUCUCUUCUGUGGCAGCCAUGUUGGGAUCUCGUGGUCAAGCAAACUACUGCGCUGCCAACACCUUCCUUGAUUCCUUCGCGCUGCACCGAUGUGGCCAAGGUCUUCCGGCUGUGUCCGUUCAAUGGGGACCGUGGGCUGAAGUGGGCAUGGCUGCUCGGGCAGGGACGAGGGAGAGUGGCGGCUACUUGCGGCUGGAUCCGAACGCAAGUUUGCAGGCACGAAAGUUCCCAGCCCUGGGCGCAGCUUUGGCUGCCACACCCUCACCUGGCGGUGUUCUGGGGAUUUCGCGCAUCGAUUGGUCGUCUUUCCUCGCCGUGCAGCGGAAAGUGCCGUGCUUCCUGACAAACUUCAAGCACCUCAAGAAAGCUGCAGCCGCAUCCCUACCCACAAUAUUGCUGGGUGGGCAGGAACUGAUCAGUUCCACCAUCAUCGAUGCGCUGCGCAGUGUUAUUGGAGAUCCUGAUUGGACAGAUUUCUCUGUACCGUUCAUGGACAUGGGCCUGGACUCCCUCUCUGUCGUGGAGUUCAGGAACUUGAUUCAGGCUUCGUUCGACGGCGUCCAUCUGGCUUCCACAGUCAUCUUUGACUUCCCUACCGUGACAGAGUUGACUGGCUUCAUCUCCGCCAGGUUAUCUGGAGAUGACAGCAAGGAUGAUGAGUCCGUUCCAGAUGUGCGAGAUUUCAACGUGUCAGAGUCGGUGGCGAUUGCCGGCUGUGCCGCGAGAUUCGCUGGCUGCAGCGGAAACAGCCCUGAUGAGUCAGCGUCUCAGUAUUGGGCCAUGCUGAAGGCGGGUCUUGAUAUGAUAACCACGGUGCCCAGUGAGCGAUGGGACAUUGACCUUUAUUUUGAUCCGGAUCCCAGCGAGCCUGGCAAGAUGCAGCUUUGGGACCAAACGGUUGGGAUGCGUUUUAGUGAGCUGCGUGCGGUGCAACUGCUUGCAGUGGAUGGGCAUCAAGCUUCAAGUCAAGGUACACACGUUUUGGCGGUUUCAUCGGCGGUUUGGAGGCUCGACCGAUUUCUGUCGAAACGCGCUUGCCUGGAAUGGAACGUAAUCUAA